AUGAGUGAUUCUCACGAAAGUACCUAAGAUCAGCAGGAGUCGUCCAACACUAACAGUCAUAGCUAGCAAAGAAGCCAGUCAGCUCCAAAGGAAGCAAAAAGUGAAUCAAUUUAAUAUUCCACACCCUUCUCCAACGCUUUCCCAAUUUUGCUUGAUGAGACAGAGAAAUAGGAAAUUUUGGAAUAGUACUGGGACAGAGAUAUAAGUGAUUAGGAAUUUAACAAAUUAUCAGCAGAGCUAAAGCUAAAACUUAUAGCAAGGAAGCUGAAAAUGAAGUAGGAAAUGUUUAACCCAAACUAUUUAAUAAUGAACUCUACGUUCCUCAAUUCUGAAAUUCAAGCUUUAAGUCAAAACGAGCCCGAGGGCUAGUACAUUUCACAACUAAUGGAUUGUUCCAAUAAGCUUGAUGCGAAAUCAAAAAUGCUUUGUAUAAUGAGUAUUGAUUGCAAAAGCCAGUUUUUGAAGUAUUAGAGAUGCCUAGCACAGUACUAGAAAUCUACUUUCUUAUGUAAAGUUCCAAAAAUAGAGAUGAGAGAUUGCUAUUAGCGAAACUUAAAGGCUGCUAAUCUUAUUAUCAAUAGAAUGGAUUGA